AUGAACACUUUUGUGCCAAAACUAUGUCGACAUCUCAAGAGCCCCCAGGACCGAUUGAAUCUUGCCUGCUGUUCGCGACAAUUCCAUAAAAUCCUCCUGCCACUGCUCUAUCAAAAACUAUGGACCGGGGGCGACCUCCUCCGCCCAAUUGUCCAGCUCAGCGAGACUCUCGCCAAGAACCCAUCUCUCGCAGCGCAUGUGAAGGCCGUACAUCUAUCCGCCUGGGAAACAGAACAAGGGACCCACGAAGCAGACUUCGAGCAAGCGCUGAGACAACACAAAGAAUAUGUCCAACUUUCCAGCGAAGACGAUCCGUACGACUGGUCGCUAGAUUGGAGCAUCCGCCUAGACCGCAUUGACUAUAGCCCUUUCUACGAACAGGCACAACGCCUGACUCGCUCUGCCGACGAAGCAGACUUCUGGCUGGAUGCCUUGCAGAUCGGAAGUGGGGACGCAUGGAUCGCACUACUGCUUACCUUCUUGCCUAACCUGCGACGACUCGAGGCUGAGUUCCCCUUCGGUUCGCUGUGGCUUCAUUUUGCGAUGAGAUGGGCUGCAACACGGGACGUGAGCUCCGAGUCUCUUCCGGCGGCGUCUUUCCCGCCAAUCUCUGAGGUUUAUGUGGACUGGAGCUCUCACGAUACUUGUAUAUGUGCGGAACACGUUAUGCCUUUCUUCUUGUUGCCGUCAAUGCGCCGGUUUUAUGCGAGCGAUUUGGAUGGUAGUGUCGCGGGGGGUGAUGAUGAGUUAUCGAGCUCGACACCGAUGGAUGGGAUCUCGUCUGUUACUCAUAUUGAGAUCAAUGGGUGUAAUGGAAAAUGGGACCUGCUCAAGGUGAUAGGAUCCUGCAAAAGUCUCCAGAGUUUCAAAUAUAAUCACCGGGGCUGUGUUGGCUAUAACCCGGCGGAGUUAUAUGGUGCUCUUUUUCCAAUGAGGGAGACACUUGACACAAUAUGGCUGGAUAUUAAGGCGGGGGACGAUCAGAAUGAUGGUGAUGAGUAUGAAGACGAAGAUAUUGGAGACGAUGAGCAUGACGACGACGAGAAUGAAGACGACGAGAAUGAAGACGACGAGAACGAAGACGACGAGAGCGAAGACGACGAGAACGAAGACGACGAGAACGAAGACGGUGGGAACGAAGAUGGUGGGAACGAAGACAGUGAGCACGAGGCCGAUGAGCAUAAUGACGAUCACCACUGCGACGAUGCACUUCCUUCAUUCCGAGACUUUAGUGUUCUAAAAACCCUCCAUCUCAGACUAGGAAAUUUACCAAUUUCGAAGGACAGAGGAUCCAACAUGUCCCUUGCUCAUGCCCUUCCACCUUCAAUCGAGACUUUGCAAAUUGCGGAUACAGGAAACGUCGAAGAUCUCCAAGUCUUUGCCCAAAAAUUGCAAGAUCAUAUUGACAAUGGCUUGGAGUCCACUCCCGCAUUGACACAGAUUGAUUUUAGCCCUAAGUCCGAUUCUGCAGAGGUAUCAGCAUUGGUGGAGAGGAUGACUACAAUCUGCGCCAAAGUGGACAUGAACUUCCGAUUAUGCGGUAUUCUCGGUAGUCGGACUGAUUGGGGUUCUGCUGGGUUUGCACCACGUCCGAGUCCACCACGACCUGUCUCCAAGUCCAUGGAAGGAGAACCUGAGGGCUCCGUAUAUAGUGACUGA